AUGGAGGCAGAGGUCGAUAAACUGGAACUGAUGUUCCAGAAAGCUGAUUCUGAUCUGGAUUGUAUUCUGUACAGGCUGGAAUAUGAAAUCAAAAACAAUCAUCCUGAUUCAGCUGGCACGAAAAAUCCAGUUACACUCUUAAAGGAAUUGUCAGCGAUAAAGUCUCGAUAUCAGACUUUGCACAAACGUAUUAAACCAACUGCUGUUGAACAAAAAGAGACUAAGGGCCGCAUUUGUGUUACUUUGGAUAAGACUAUGACCAUGAUACGAGAACUUCAAAAGCUAACAGACCUAGAGCUGUCACCACUGACUGAAGAAGAGAAAACUGUGGAAAAGCAAUUAAAAUUUUACAUGCCAGACCUGUGA